AUGAAAAAUCUCAGCACAUUAACUGACUUCAUCCUACUUGGUCUAACAGAUGCUCCUGAAUUCCAGGUUAUGCUUUUCCUCUUUCUCUUUCUCACCUACCUGUUUAGCAUCAUUGGCAACCUGACUAUCAUCACUGUCACUUUGCUAGAUUCUCACCUCCAGACUCCUAUGUAUUUCUUCCUUCGGAAUUUCUCCAUCUUAGAAAUUCUCUUCACAUCUGUUUUUACUCCCAGACUUCUACACAGUAUCUCAACAGGAAAUAAAACCAUCAGUUUUGUUGGUUGCUUCACUCAGUUCUUUUUUGCUAUAUUUCUGGGGGCCACAGAGUUUUAUCUUCUAGCUGCCAUGUCCUAUGAUCGCUAUGUUGCCAUCUGCAAACCCCUACAUUAUACAACCAUUAUGAGCAGCAAAGUUUGUAUCUUACUCAUCCUUUGCUCUUGGUUGGCUGGGUUCUUAAUAUCUCUAAUAGGAAUUGUUAUGACAAGUCAACAAGAGUUCUGUUCAAACAAUAUCAUAAACCAUUAUUACUGUGAUACUGCUCCCAUUAUUAAACUCUCCUGCUCAGACACGAGCCUUCUAGAGUUGGUUGCCUCCAUCUUAGCAGUGGUAACCCUUGUAAUAACCCUAGUGCUUGUGAUGCUCUCUUAUAUCAACAUCAUUAGAACAAUUCUCAGAUUUCCUUCUGCUCAACAGAGGAAGAAAGCCUUUUCUACCUGUUCCUCCCACAUGAUUGUCAUCUCUCUCUCCUAUGGAAGCUGCAUCUUUAUGUACAUCAAGCCCUCUGCAAAGGGUGAUAUUUCCUUCAACAAGGGAGUGGCUGUGCUCAAUACCUCAAUAAGUCCUUUGAUGAACCCUUUCAUUUAUACCCUGAGAAACAAGCAGGUGAUACAAGCCUUUAAAGACUUGGUCCAAAAGAUUAUGGGUCAUUGA